CAUCGUGGAAGCAGCAACACAGCGAGGCAGGCGCAGAGGGGCUACGGCAGGGACGUAAAACGAAACCAAGGAAGCAUGUGUGUGUGUGAAGGCGGCGCACAAAGAUGAUUAAUUAGUAAAAGAAAGGUCUCGGUAACUGGACGCCUCAGCUGAUCUGUGCCCGGGGCUCAACAGAGGACACCGGCGCAUGCAGAGGUUAUGCACUGAGAGAAGGCCAGUUUUAGGCUGCAGCGUCACUGAGGCAGCUCUGUGCGCACUGGAAAUCCGGGAUUCAAUUGGUAGAAGCAGGAGGGGAGCCCCGGUCUCUGCCACUGCAGGAGGAGCAGAGUUGCAGCAAAGGCAGACCGAGAGAAAAGAAACGCCGCCAAGACGGCAGUAGCAGCAGCCUUCGCAGUUUCGACAACGGCACAGCCUCCUCUGCUGCACGGCAUGAGGGACCAAACUGCGCACUGAGUCUGCAGGAGGCAACGCUGCAGCUGCGUAGUUUGUUAGACACAAACAGACACAAGAGUGCUCGGGACCUGUACAGGAAUUUGACAUCGGAAUUAGGCCUAACCUGUCACUGACCACAGCUGCGACAUUUGGUUUCCUCACAGAGAGUUGAUCAUCUCUCCCCUCCGGGGAGCCCUGUGCUGUGGCCUUGUAGCGGACAUGGGAAAAGUAAACAGUAGUCGGGCUGGAUUUUAAACUACGCACACGUCCAGCGUCCUCCUCCCGCCUCCUCCUCCUCCUUCUCCUCCCGGGGCGUCCGAGAUGGAGACGGAGAGGGUCGAGCCGAAGCAGGAGGGAGAGGCAGAGCCGCCCAUGCACAGCGUCCACGGAACCAACCGGAUCAGACCGUCCUCCUACCGGGCCCUGCGCAGCGCCGUGUCCAGCCUGGCCCGCUUAGAUGACUUCAGCUGCGAGAAGAUCGGCGCUGGGUUCUUCUCCGAGGUGUUCAAGGUGCAGCAUCGUGUGUCGGGCCAGGUAAUGGCUCUGAAGAUGAACAUCCUGGCCAGUAACAGAGCCAACAUGCUCAGGGAGGUCCAGCUCAUGAACCGACUAUCACACCCCAACAUACUCAGGUUUAUAGGAGUGUGCGUGCACGAGGGACAGCUCCACGCUCUCACAGAGUACAUCAACGGCGGGAACUUGGAGCAGCUGUUGGGCAGCGACGUGUACCUGCCGUGGAGCGUGCGGCUCAGGCUGGCUCUGGACAUCGCCCGGGGACUGCAGUACCUGCACAGCAAAGGCAUCUUCCACAGGGACCUCACCUCCAAGAACUGCCUGGUGCGCUGGGAGGGAUGCGUGUGCUCGGCCGUGGUGGGAGACUUUGGUCUGGCAGAAAAAAUCCCACAUUACAGUGAGGAGGAGGAACAGGAGCCCCUUGCUGUCGUCGGUUCCCCCUACUGGAUGGCCCCGGAGGUGCUCAGAGGAGAGGUGUAUAAUGAGAAGGUGGAUGUGUUUGCAUACGGGAUCAUCCUGUGUGAGGUUAUUGCGAGAAUACAGGCCGACCCUGACAUCCUGCCACGCACUGAGGACUUUGGUCUGGAUGUGGAGGCCUUUCAGCAGAUGGUGGGAGACUGUCCUCCCGACUUCCUGGAACUGGCCAUCGCCUGCUGUAAUAUGAAUGCAAAGCUCCGUCCAUCCUUCUCCCAAAUUGUAGUGGAGCUGGAGAGGAGACAGGCCGAGAGGAAACAGAAAGACGAACAAACAGUCAAAGCUGUUUGUCCAGCGAUAGACCCGCCUAGAAGGCGAUCCCUCUGCCUCUUGUCAGAUCCUCGCCUCUCCCGCAGCAAAUCUGACAUGCUCCACCCCCCAGACGCGACCCCCUCUGUUACCUUUGCGACCCCUGCUCGAGUCAACCCCUUCUCUCAGAGGGAGGACCUCAAGGGCGGCAAGAUCAAGCUGUUCGACACUCCCAGCAAGUCUGUCAUCUCGCUCACCUUCACCCUGCCCCCGCUAACAGACUGCGAUGACCCCUCCGAGACAAACAGCGGUGACCUGCACCGGAGGCACAGGCGCUGCCACUCGCUGCCGUGUACACCUCCUCCGCACCUCACGUCUGUGCCAAACAAUGUCCUUACUGUGGAGGAGUCACAGUCUGAGAUAGACACUGUAGAUGGUGAGACAAACGGAGUGAGUGAAGAAGAGAGACUGCUAGAAGAAGAGAAGGAGGUCAGGGAGGAGAGAGGAGCUGAUUCAGGGCUUCCUCUGUCCCUUGAACCUCUGUCGCUGGAGAAGGAGGAGGAGGAGGAGGAGGAGCCCAUGGACUGCACCAGCUCCCCAGACACACAAGACAGCACUUCAUCUCCUUAUUCCACAUUAUCUCCUCCUCCGUCCCACUCCUCAACUCCCAUCCAACCCUCCACCCCACCCUUUUCAAACGGCUGGGGGUCAGCCAACUCCAACGGGCCCCCGUGCCUGCCUCCCCUCUGUCAUUUAGACAACGACAAUGUGGUUGUGAGUCGACCCCUGGGAUGGAACACCACCAACGAUCCCACCACAACAAACAACAACAGCUACCACUCCUCUCCCAGCGACCCCGCCGGUUCGUCCCCGUUCGGGUCCGGCAGUGGACACUCUCUGGACCAGGAGGAGGUGAUCUCCUGUCCCGGCUGCUGCCUUGCUGGGCUUCGCUUCCCCUCAAUGUGUCUCAGAGCUCCACCACGCAGAAACCCCUACAAGAACUUGAACGGGGACCAUGCAGCCUCACGCGGGCUGCUUUGUCCGGGACCCAAGGGUCUGCCUCCCUCUCCUACUCCCACAACCGCCACCACCAGCCUGGAGCCGGGACUUGCCUUGCCGGGGGCGCAGACAUAAACUAGACUUCUCAACACCAAAUACACCCAGAAAAGAUGUUUGGAAACUCUGCACCAAAACAUCCUCUGGAAAUUAAGUGGUUCUUCUUAGAAUUUGCACAGAUUUUAACGCAGCAAUACCCUGCUUAUUUUCUAGACACACUUUUUGGUGCAGAGCAGGCAGACAGUGUCCAGAUAGGUUUACUGAAACAUGAAAGCUGCAGGAUAAAGGAACUGGUGUCUUUCCUGAGUUGCGUCGUCCUCUGCUGGGCUGAGGGCGUCACAACUUAAGGUGUCGGCUGUGCCUGCGUAGGUCUGAGUGUUGAUCGGCAGCGUCCAGAAUGAUUCAGCAUGUAAACACUCCAGUUUGGGGCCCAGUUAGUUAAAUCCUGUAUAUAUGCAGAUGUAAAGAUUCUUAUCCCUGAUGAUAUUGAUGAUGAUGCUGAAAUGAGGAAUGUUAAGCUUAGUAUUAUUACUGCUGCAAUGAUUUUUGAUGUUUUGGUGCUGUUUCUGAAUGAACAGGCAGUUUUGCUUUAAUGUCUUUAAUUAUCAAGAGGUGUAUGGUGCACUGCUGGGGUGUGUGUGGUUAUAUGGACAUAUGUUAGAGUGUGGUGGAUUCAAUGUGAGAGGCUGGAUGUGUGUGAGAGUGUGUGUGCCAUACACCAUACUUUUGUUGCUGUAUGAUCUCUGUUGGCCCUUCUGGUUGCCUGGUUAAGCACUUCAGAUGUAUUACUGUUGUUAAUAAGGAAACUAUUGAUGUCAUUAUUACCAUUGGGAAUGAAUGGUCAGAAGACCUGUAAGAGAUGUACAGAUUCGUAUUAUUUAAAGAUGAGAUUGAAUAAAAAGAUAGAAUGCAA